AGAAGAAGAUAGCGCGUUUCCGGUACUAGCAGAGCUCUGCUAUUGUUGCUCUACGUGCUGGUUUUCUAAAUUCAUUCCGUUUGGUUGAUGAAAUCCCAAUAAACUGCAGACAUACAUAUAUCUAUCGACUUUGAGGGGAAUUGCCUCCUAAAAGGUCCAAUAUUUGGAUCCUAUUAGCCCCGCAUGUUGGUUUGUAGCGGUUUGCUCCGACAUAAGCCGCCAUGGACGUCCCUACCCCCCCUGAAGACCAAGAGCUAAGGAACGUGAUCGACAAGCUGGCCCAGUUUGUUGCUCGAAAUGGACCGGAGUUUGAAAAGAUGACGAUGGAAAAGCAGAAGGACAAUCCCAAAUUCUCCUUCCUGUUUGGGGGAGAACAUUUCGGCUACUACAAGUGCAGGCUUGCUAUGGAGCAACAGCAGCAUAUGUUUAACCCUGGAAGCAAAGACCUGCUGGACAUUCCGCCUCCUCCAUCGAUGCAGCUGGUUCCUCCUCCUCCGGUUGCUCUGUCAGCUUCACCCUCUAUAGAUGAACUCAUCCAGCAAAGCCAGUGGAAUCUGCAGCAACAAGAGCAGCACCUCUACACUCUCAGACAGGAGCAAGUGACGGCUGCCAUCGCCCUGGCAAUGGAGCAGCAGAUUCAGAAGCUUCUGGUAGAAACUCAGCUGGACAUCACAGAGUUUGACAACCUGCUGCAGCCCAUCAUUGACACCUGCACUAAAGACGCCAUCUCUGCCGGUAAAAACUGGAUGUUCAACAACGCCAAGGGUCCACAGCAUUGUGAAUUGAUGGCGUCGCAUCUCCGGAACCGCAUCACCAUCGACGGCGCACACUUCGAGCUCCGCCUGCACCUCAUCUAUUUAACCAACGAUGUUCUCCAUCACUGCCAGAGGAAACAGCAGAAGGAUUUGCUGACGGCGUUGCAGAAAGUGGUUGUCCCCAUCUACUGCACCAGUUUCCUCGCUGUAGAGGAAGAGAAGCAGCAGAAGAUCACUCGGUUGCUGCAGCUUUGGGAGAAGAACGGGUAUUUUGAUGAGGAAACCAUUCAGCAGCUGCAGAACCCGGCACUGGGCCUGGGACAGUACCAGGCCUCCCUGAUAACGGAGUAUGCUGCCGUGGUGCAGCCCAUCCAGCUGGCCUUCCAGCAACAGAUCCAGGCUUUAAAGACCCAACAUGAGAAGUUUGUUGUGAGUCUGAAGCAGCGGCAGACGGGUCCUGUAAGACCCGCAGCAGCCCCCUCUGAAGCUGAUAAACCUCCAUCAUUGGCGCCACCUGCUGGGGAAGUAAAGCCUCCUGUGAUUGGUCCUCCCUCAGCGGACUUUGAAGUUGCUCCCAGAUCACAGGACUCCAAAAACGCCAGUGGACCAUCGGAUAUUCCCGCCAACAAGCCUGCCUGGUUUGAAUCGCAGCACGUCGGACCCUGGAACCCCAACCAGCCGCCUCCCUUUGACCCGAACCAGCCCCCUCCUCCCUGCCCCCCCUGGAACAGCCAUGAGGGAAUGUGGAAUGAGCAGAGGGAGCCAGGGAACUGGAGCGGAGGUCCUCUGAGAGACGGAGGCCUGUGGAGCGGGCCAGGAGGCUCCGAGCCUGGCCCCCCAUCUUGGAACUCGUUUGACCAGCAGCCCCCGUGGGGGAAUCAGAGCGACCAGCCUCCAUGGGGUCAAAGAGAGCCCCCAUUUCCUCCACGGAUGCAGAGACCGCCCCAUUUCAGAGGACCAUUUGCGCCGCACCAGCAGCACCCCCCUUUUAAUCAGCCCCCACCGCCCCCGCACAACUUUGGCCGAUUCCCGCCCCGCUUCGUGCAGGACGACUUUACUCCCAGACAUCACUACGAAAGACCCCCGUACACGUCACACCGCUUCGACUACCCUCAGGGAGAAUUUCCCGGAGACAUGCCCGGGCCUCCCCUUCACCACCACCCCAAUCAGCGGAUGCCUCCACCAGCCAUCGGCGGCGAGCAUCCACCCUGGGGCGCGGGCCAGCACCAGGACUUUGGCCCGCCGCAGCACGGCUUCAAUGGCCACUCGCCUCAAAUGCGCCAUCGACAGCAUCCCGUCCAGGACGACCCAAGUCUGGUUCCCAACGUGCCCUACUUCGACCUGCCAGCCGGGCUCAUGGCUCCACUGGUCAAACUUGAGGACUACGAUUACAAACCUUUGGACCCCAAGGAUAUCCGGUUACCCCCUCCUAUGCCCCCCAGCGAUCGGCUGCUAGCUGCUGUUGAGGCUUUCUACAGCCCUCCGUCACAUGACCGACCCAGAAACAGUGAAGGUUGGGAACAGAACGGGCUGUACGAGUUCUUCAGGGCCAAGAUGAGAGCUAGAAGAAAAAAGGAACAGGAGAAAAGGAACAGUCACGGAGGCAGCCGCUCCAGGAGUCGCUCUCACAGUCGAAGGAGAUCCUCGUCUCGCUCCAGCUCUCACUCCUCCAAGUCCUCCAGGUCACGCUCCGGGUCGUCUCGCUCCCGCAGCCGCUCCCGCUCCUACUCGCGCUCCAGGUCCAGGAGUCGAUCAAGGUCUUCUCGGAGUCGCUCCGGAUCCAGAUCCAGAUCCCGCUCCGCUUCUCCAGCCAAGCGCAGCCGUGCUCCCAAAUCCCGGAGUUCUUCUCCUACCUCCAAUCCAGCAUCGAGCGCCUCUUCCUCUAAAGGCCCGGCUCCAGACACCCGAUUGGGAGAGGAGAAUAAGGGCCACCAGCUGUUAUUAAAGAUGGGUUGGAGCGGUUCUGGGGGGCUGGGGGCCAAAGAGCAGGGUAUUCAGGACCCCAUCAAAGGAGGAGACAUCAGGGAUAAAUGGGACCAGUACAAAGGUGUGGGAGUUUCUUUAGACGACCCGUAUGAGAACUACAGAAGGAAUAAGAGCUACAACUUUGUUGCCCGGAUGAAAGCAAGAGAAGAAGUUAACAGGGAACCCCAGGAACCCCCCCCGACCGACUGAGGCAGCCGGUGUUUCAGCUGAAAACGUCUCCUGGACGCCACGUCCCAGUCCUGCUAGUUUAGCGUUAGCGCUCUUCACUAAAUCAUUUCCUGGCUGUUUGGUUUCAACAAUAAACUAACGAUCAUC